ACUGUCAACAGAAAGAAGAAACGCGCAACAAUGUAGUACCAUAAAAUUACUUUGAACUUUGAACAUAUCAUAAACAGUUUCUAUUUACAUGUUUUUGUAAAAGAAUUUUUAUUGAUGGACCGGAAUAUGGAUCAUUUUAGCACAUUUAUGGCUGUGGUGUCAGGUGUAACUUUGUUGUACAUCUUUCAUUCAGUCUUCUACACUUCUCACAUCUCCUUUAAAUCUCACACAGUCUUUGACUCCCGGAGACAUUUGCCAGGUUCUGUUUACCUUAUGACCAGAUACCUUCAUGAAUCUCUCCGCAAAAAACGAGGAAAAAUGUGGAAACACAAAGACACAAAAGACAAGCUUGUUUUCACUUUGAUCAACUGCAAGUAUGAUGCUGUGUCUUUGAGGAGGUUCUGCAGUGUUUCGGGUUACGGUUGGGACUAUCCUGACAGUGUCUUCAGAGAUGUUCCCAUGUGCUAUCCCGAGUUUCUCUUCACCAGACUGCUCACCAUGAUUGUGUGCUCAGAGAGAUUCAAUCUAAGCCCUUUGGGUCUGUUGAGUGUCCGUGAGGUCUUGAGUGUGACUGAGCCCGUGGAUGAGCUGAAGAGAGGGACGUUUUCUCUGCAGGCCAGAGUGCUGGAGUACAGGACCGUUAGUGCGGGAGUGGAGGUGGAUCUCACUUUAACCGCAUCCAGACAUCAGCAGACCGUAUGGACCACCACACUGACUCUACUUUCUCCAAACAAUAAAUUCAGGCCUGAGGCUCAGCCUGACUUCGAGAUCGCCCAUGAUCCUGUCUCAGAGAGAUGUAUCAGCCUGGCUGUUCCUUGGUCCAGCGGUGUGAGAUGUGCCUGGGUGUUUGGUGACCUCUGCCCUCUGCAUGUGUUUUCUUGGCUGGGGUUUACCAGUCCCUCCGCACACAUGCUGUGGAUGUUCUCCAGAUGCAUGGCAGAGAUGGAGAAGCACAAUGGAGUUGAAGUGGUGAGAGCUCCUCUGACUGUGUCAGUCCGUUACAAACAGCCUGUGUCUUUUCCGAGGAAAUUCACUAUCAGAGUCAGUGAAAACACUUCUGAAACCUCAAGCACAGCAUCAUUUUCAAUGGAGGACCACAGGACCGGGACACUGUACCUCUCAGGACAGAUUAAACAACAGUCAAAGGAGAAGGCGGAGUGAUGGUGAUGUAACUCUUACAGAGUCAGAAGGGAUACUAAACACUUAAAGUCACCGUUAAAUGGAAGUUGUGACGUA